AAACGUCAUCGCCACUAGGCACCCUGAGCGCUGUUUGACAUUUCGAGGUCCCCUCUCGAAAUUGCUGCAGAAACGUCAAGUUUUAGGUUGAAGUUACGUAAAAUUCGCCUUUUGCUCGAGGAAAUCACUAAACAUGAGCUUAAAGGCAAAUUACUACGACAAGCCGGAGGGCGACGACCUCUUCGGCAAGAUGAUCGCCACCAACAAGUACGCGCUGGCCGGCGGUCUCGGUUGGUCCACGGUCGAGGUGAUGAUGGUGUCGAAGCCGAAGGGCUACCUGCCCACCAUUGCCCGGUACGUGUACUUUACCGGUCCGUUCGUCGGAAUGGCCUCGGCCUUUACCGUCGGUGCGUACGCUGCCAACAAGCUGCGCGGUCGGGACGAUGCGUGGAACUAUGUGGCCGGUGCGUUCGCGGCCGGCGGUGUGUACGGUGCCUGGAAGCGAAACGUCGUGAGCGGACUGGUGGCCGGCCUGAUCUUCAGCGUGGCGGGCGCACUCAAGAAGCAGUCCGUCGAUGAGGGUUGGGAGUUCUUCCCCGAGGUGAAGCACCACGCCGUCAGCUCGAUCAAUCCGAACCGGUACGACUUCACGCUGACGCAGGAACGCGAACGAGGAUGGACGACCGGCAAGUGAGGUGGAGAGCGAUGUGCGAUGUGAGACGAGUGAACUACAAAACCCCCGGUUCUCGGUUCUGUUGUAAAGCAUCUUAGGCAAUAAAUACUGUGGAUACUACAGCCUGUUUACGAGCGGA